AUCUUCGGGUCCAAAAUUUAUGAUCAAAUCAUAUAUAACCGGAGCCGCGUAGAUUGUACACCCAAGCAAUCGGAUACCCGUUUACAUCGGUUACAGGCCAACCUGACGACAGGAAUCCGCAAUAGACGGUGAAGGAACGGUUCCAAAAUUGUAAAACCACGUCGGAUGCGCUCUGUUCAUUGUUCAAACCGCUGUUUCAACGGUCUUAUCCGUUUCUCCCUUCCCUCGUCUUUAAAUUUGUAAUAAACUCUUCCCCCCUUCCUUUGCCGUAACUCAUUCUCUCUCUCUCUCUGAUGGCUACCACUUUCCUGUCUUUUCAACCUGCCGGAAUCCAAGCAUGCGCUUCCUCCGGUCGCCGUAAACCCGAUUCAUGUAGUCGGAAAGCAUCCUCUUCCAAUUCGUUGACCCCAUUCUUCGUCUGCUCCUCUCAUCCCGACCAUGCUGAAGAUAACAGUAGCAACAACGACAGCUCCGACGCCUCUACCAAGAAAACGAACGAAUCUGAAACUCAUUACAAAGCGGCGAAAGCCAGAUCUCGAUUCCCACCGGGUUGCUUCACGGAAGAGAAGGCGAGGCAGCUUCGGAUGAAGACGAUGAAGAAUGCAAACUUCCACGACAUCAUGUACCAUUCGGCGAUUGCGUCCCGACUCGCUUCGGAUCCCCCGAAUCGCGCCAAUGAGGAAGGAUCCCCGGACUCCAACGAGGGUUAAGGAUUAUUUAUUUCCCUGUCCCUCUAAAACUGUGACUAUACUUGACGAAGUUCGAAAUGAAUAUCCGUUAGUUUUGUGGCUGUGUAUGGUUUGAUAGAAAAUAAUCUGAAAUUCCUUAACAAAUUUUCCUCUUAUUUUCUAUGAAACCAAACAUAGCCUUAGUUUUUUACCUGUUUUUCUGUUCUUGGCUUCCUUUUUUUUUCAAAAUCAAAUGGAAAGAUGAUGCUGGAUUUUGUACAAAUUAAACUAAAGAUUCAAUCAUUACGAUGUAUAUAAUAUGAUUU